UGAAAGGUGUCAGUUUUGUUGUCUUUGUGUAAAGAGUGGAGCGCGAUCUCUCGCUGUCUCUUUUUCCCUCUUCCCCGUAUCCUUUUAAAACUCUCCCCCAGGGUUUAUACCCCCCCGAACCUCCCCUUCUACCCUUAAAACCCUUCCCUCCCCCUGAACUCAUCUCAAGACACGGAUCGGAUCUGACCAAAGACUGCAGCUCCCCACUGGUCACCAGCUCUGCAGACCCUGCGAUCAUGGACUCCGGUGUGAUUGAAGGAGGUCUCAAUGUCACCCUGACAAUCAGGUUGCUCAUGCAUGGAAAGGAAGUUGGGAGCAUUAUUGGCAAGAAAGGUGAAUCUGUUAAAAAGAUGAGAGAUGAGAGCGGAGCACGGAUCAACAUCUCAGAGGGAAACUGUCCUGAGAGGAUCAUUACUCUGGCUGGGCCUACCAAUGCCAUCUUCAAAGCCUUUUCUAUGAUCAUUGACAAGAUGGAGGAGGACAUCAGCAGCUCAAUGACCAACAGCACUGCUGCCAGUCGCCCUCCAGUGACGCUGCGCAUUGUUGUUCCUGCCAGCCAGUGCGGCUCACUCAUUGGCAAGGGUGGCUGCAAGAUCAAGGAGAUCAGAGAGUCAACAGGAGCCCAGGUGCAGGUGGCAGGCGACAUGCUGCCCAACUCCACGGAGCGCGCCAUCACAGUUGCUGGCACCCCUCCGUCCAUCAUCGAGUGUGUCAAGCAGAUCUGCGUCGUGAUGCUUGAGUCUCCCCCAAAAGGCGUCACCAUUCCGUAUAGACCUAAACCUUCAAGCUCACCUGUGAUCUUUGCUGGUGGACAGGCAUAUGCCGUUCAAGGGCAGCAUGCGAUCCCUCAGCCGGAUCUCACCAAACUGCACCAGCUGGCUAUGCAGCAAGGCCCCUUCCCUCUGACUGCUGGUAGCCAAGGAUUCACUGGUAUGGAUGCAUCAGCCCAGACUGGCUCCCACGAGUUGACCAUUCCAAAUGAUCUGAUCGGGUGCAUCAUUGGCCGCCAGGGUGCCAAGAUCAAUGAGAUCAGGCAGAUGUCUGGGGCCCAGAUCAAGAUUGCCAACCCAGUGGAGGGCUCUACUGACCGGCAGGUCACCAUCACCGGGUCUGCUGCCAGCAUCAGCCUGGCAGAGUACCUCAUCAAUGCCAGGUUGUCCUCAGAGGCCACUGGACUGGCGACCAACUGAUUUAAGAUGCCGUGUCUGCACUAGUGCUGACUUUUUACCAUCAUUUCCCGUACACCAGUGACUGCAAUUAAUCAGGAUUUUCGUUUUCAAUUCUAACCAACCUAUAAACACAUUCUCACUGUUUAUUUCUUCAUGCAUUUUGGUUUUAAAUCCCAUUGAAAUCAAGGUUUUAAAGUGUUUUCUUUUUUUCUUUACAUUUUUUUUGCCCUCCCAUCAAAGAAUGGAGGUGGAUGAAUCUAAGUAGUCAGAAGUGUAGUUCUGUUGUGGCAGUUUUUCCAAAAAAUUAAAGUGAAAAAGGAACAUUAAAAACUUCACUCUGCUUGUUUCCUUUAAAAUUCCCCUGUAUUUAUUGACCCACCCUGCCGUAUUUUGAUGGUUGGCAGCAAACCCGACCUCAGUGUGGGACCUCAUUGAUCUUUGGGCUUGCUGGGGGAAUGGGCUCACAACCCAGCAGUGGCGUUGGCUUGCUCCUGUCUCACCUGUAUUAUCUGGAUCAACACUAACUGCAAGCAAAUGCUUAAAAUGCUUUAUUAAAGUGAAUAUGAAAUCUAUUAGUAGAAUUGUUUUAGCUGUUCUUUGCCACUCUUAAUUUGACUUUUUCUGCAUCAUUCCUAUUUUUCACCCAGUUUCAUGUUGGAGGUUGUGUGGAGGGGUGGGAAUUUGGGCACAGGCAUGAGGCCCAGAGGUGGGGGCUUGGAUCCUUUUCUAGAGACUUAUACUACUAACAUGUGUUGGUAUAUUUGUUUCAAUAGAGAAAAUAUUUUUUUUAAGUAGAGUGGGUGGGGAUUUUGGGAUGGAAAGAGGGUCUCAUUGUAUAGAGCCCAAGAGGUUGAUUAUUCAGUUUAUUAGGAAGAAAAGUUUAAAAAAAAAAAAAAAUGACUGUAGUUUCCUGCUUUUUCUUUGCUUGGGUCAGAUUUUAUUUUUACUAUUUUUUGCAGGAAAAACUCCUGUUUUGUGCACGUUUUCAAAAAAAAAAAAAAAUGUAGAACUGGGUGCCACAGAAUUCUUGACAAAUUACAGAAUUAAAAAUGUCUGAAAAGCUAAAACUAUUAUGGGCUCUUGGAAUGCUUCCUUCUCUGUAUUUAAUUACAUGUAUAAUGCCCGUUUUGACUGGUUCACAAGGAUCUUGGAGCUCCACACUUGUCAGAAGGCAUGUUCAGGCUCUUUAACUGUGCUUUUUUUUUUUCCCUUUUUUUUUUUUUUUUUUUUUUUUU